CCCACUACCGUCAACCACCUUCAUCAUCGCUUGCUGGGCUGGGCUGGCUGGCUUGCUUACAUUUCAUCGUCAUCAUCAUUAUCAUCAUCAACUAAUCAGUCCCCUAUGAACGGCCGUUCGCGCAUGAAGUAAUUUCCCCGCAAUUUUCCCUUCAUGCUUCCCUCCCCCCUCCCGGCUAGAGAUCUGCUCUCCUCACUGCAAUCUAUACUAUCAUCCACCUCCAGUUGCUUGACAACCAUCGUUGUUCGCUCUGUUACAAGGCUUACAUCCAAGAAACUUCAUCCCAACCCCAACUCAUAAAUGAAAUAUACACUGUUUUUACCACACUCAUAAAGCAGGUACAAAGGGAGCAAGAGAGAAACAAAAUGGCCGACCUCCAUGAGGCCCUCAACUGCCUCUCGCCGACCACCUGGGACUCGAUCCCCAGCAACGACCCGGACGCUCUGCGCGCCUACCUUCACGACCUCUCCACGAAAGCGCGAUUGAUCAUCGAAUCCGUGCCCGAGCCACCGAUCGAUAAAGAAGAAAGUCCAUCUUCCGUAUCUCACACGACCAACAACAACACCCACUUACCCCCCGCCGCAGCCAUCCUCCACCCCUCCAACGCCCGCGCCUCCCAAUUCCUCACCUCCCCUACCUCUACUACUGCAACCACGACAACUUCCCCAACAUCAUCAUCAUCAUCAGCAGCAGCAGCAGCAGCAGCAGCAGCAGAACCCCAACAACAACAACAACCACAACAACCACCACUACUACCACCCCCGCCCCCCUCGAUCCCGAACAACCCCCACCACAAGGAAUGGAGCAAGCCCAUCAAGAUCUCCUCGGCCAAGGAGAACCCCCUCCACAUUCCGAUCUUCAAGCUUCCCGGCUCGGACGGCAAGGGCCACUGGUUCGGCCGCCGCAGCGUGUUCGCUGGACUGCCGUUCACGAAGUGGCACGCGAAACUGUCCGGGGAGAUGGGCCAUACGCUCCGCAUGAACCAGCAGCAGAUCCAGAAGGGGCGGCCGCCGGACCAGGCGGUGCGCGGUAUCGGGGCCGAGCGGUUGGUCGAGGAUAUCGAGGUGAAGAGUGAGGAUGGCGCAAGGGUCAUUGGUCGGGUCCAGGUGUAUCAUGUCUCCGCUAUGUUUCCGAAGCCGACGGCGGCCAGGGAUUUUGUGAGUUUGAUUGUUAGUUGGGAGGUUGUGACGGAGGGGUUUGAGGGGGUGGGUUCGAUGGAGGGAGAGGGGGCAGGGACUAAGGGGAAAGGGAAAGAGGCGAGGAGGUGGAUGAUGGUUUCGAGGCCGUGUGAACACCCUGAUGUGCCGCCGACGCAGAAUUAUAUUAGGGGGCAGUAUGAGAGUGUGGAGUUUAUUAGAGAGAUUCCGGUGUAUGAUGAGGAGGACUACGGAGAGGGUGCUGUGCAGAGAAAACUGAAUCCCGUGGAAUGGGUGAUGGUCACGAGAAGUGAUCCCGGAGGCAAUAUCCCUCGAUGGAUGGUGGAAAAGGGCACCCCCAAGAGUAUCUGUCAGGAUGCCAUCAAGUUCUUGAACUGGGCAUGUCGGGAUGAAGGCCAUAAGAAGCACGCGCAUCGCAAGUCAGGGACCGCAAGUCAUCAGCAUCAGCAUCAGCAUCAACAUGACCCUGGCGCUGAGGCUUCGGCGGAAGACGACGAGGAUAGUGUGUCUGGGGAUUCCAGUGAUUCGGACUUCUAUUCGGACACUGAAGUUGAGCAUCACGGCCUCAUUGCCAGUUUCGCAUACCUGGUCAAUGCGGGUCUGGAGCGGUAUGCUCCGCAGGCCGUCCUCGACUAUCUCCCCCACGGUCAUUCGCGACAGUCGUCGACACCAACACCCCCCACAGCAACCACUACUACCGCCAAGCCCACCGAGCCAGAGUUCAACGAUGCAGCCUCGCAAGGGAAAGCCUCCGUCGCCUUCUCCGCCAAUUCGGCUUUCGACUCCGCCGUCGAAGCCCCUCCCAAUGUCUCCGCCAUCGAACAAAUGACACUCAACAAGAAGGGGAAACUCUCAUCCCACGAGAAGCAACUGGCCAAGCUGGCGGAGCGCAAACGCAACGUCGAGGCGCAGCUGGACCGCGUUCGCUCGGAGAUCCAGGCCCUGCAUGUCGAGACCACACCAGCUUCGCCCCCACAAACCGCAACAGCUGAGGGCGGGGUCGGCAACAGCAGCAGCAACAAUAACAACAAGCGAGACAAGGCAUCAGCAGCGGCGCUGGCCGCGGCUGGCGACGUAGGCAGCGAGCAACUCAGCAGCAGCCCGGGCAGCAGCGUGCACCGGGGGGUGGCGUCCAGCGGUGGCAACAAUCACCACCACAACCGUCAUGAGGCCGCGCGUGCGCACAAGGUGGCGUCCGGCUUGUUCAAUGAGGAGUCGAAGCUGCUGAAGCAGCUGGGCAAGAUCGAAAAGGACCAGGUGAAGGAGGCAUCGAAGAUCGAGGCGCGGCAGCAAAAGCACGCCGAGAAGCAGGAGAAGUCGCGGGCCCGGGGCGAGGCGGAUGCGCUCCGGCGAGAGGUCGAGCUGCUGAAGAAGGAGGUCGAUCGGCUGCGGUCGGAGCGCAAGCAGUGGUUGGAUCUGAUCGGGUCGCUGCAGGCGGAAAAUACGAGGUUGGCGGCGCAGCAG